AUGCAUUCGGCAGUCAACCGUGUGCAGGGGGUGUUUGGAUUUUUCACGACGGUUGCCUUUGUCGUCGCGGGCUUUGCAGCGUUAUCGGUGCUCUUAUACCCUGCGACGGAUGUCUCGUCCAGCGUGGAUUUGACCAAAGUCCAAGUAGUCAAAGGUCGGCCACACUACUACUCCUCCAAACGAGAAGAAUAUGCUCGGAUCGAAUUCGACCUUGAUGCCGACUUCUCGCCCUUGUUUAACUGGAACACAAAACAGUUGUUCGUCUACGUGCUAGCCUCCUACCCGGCUGCUUCUCCAGCUAGCGAAAAUCCUCGCAACUCCGAAGCCAUCAUUUGGGAUACGAUCAUCGAGGCGCCUGAAUCAUCAUACUCAAUUGCGAACCUUAAGGAACGGUUCUUCCCAUCAUCGAAGCCCACGAAGGGAUCUAAGAAGAGCAGCAGUGCAAACAAGAAGAAGCAGCAGCAGCAAAAACAACAGUCAACAAACUCUCAACCCGGCGUGCUUCACCUAAAGAACCAAAAAUCGAAAUACCAGAUUACAGAUAUUUCGGGCAAGAUUGCGGAGCGUGAGAAUGUUACUCUUGCGGUAGGCUGGAAUGUGCAGCCUUGGGUUGGAGCGUUGUGGUGGAGUGAUGGCACGGGGACGUGGCCUAGAACCGAGGGUAAAGCCGGACGCAGUAAAUCAUUUGAUUUUCCGGCGUUGAAGGUGAAAACAGAGCAGACUGCAAGCACUUAG